UUUAAAGUCCAUCUGAGAUAUCCCGACGGACCAUCCAAAAACAGAACUAUAAUUAGACACCAUUUAGAUACAAAUUUCUAUAUCCACUCUAAGAAGGAUGUGACGACGAUUCGCGUUUGAUGCAGAAACAUGUCAACUUUCCUUGACAUAUCUAAAUUUAUUAUUUGACUGAAAGCUGCUGCUAUUUGGCAGUAGAAAGUCUUCAAAUUUCACAGCGUUCUGAUCAACGAUUUUCUUGGUCAUGGGGUUUCCCCGUCUUACUUGUUUUCUUGUUGCAAAUGUCCUGUCAUAAUUAUAGUAACUUAAGUCAAAUUCUUGAGAAAUGGAAAGUGUACUAUAUUGACAGAAAGUGAUUUGUUUCAUUCGGGUCCGUCACGUUUCAUCCUUCUGAGGAUGGUCUCUGAAGACGCAAACAUGUAAGGUCAUAAACAACUGAAGUAAGGAAAAUCUUCACCAGUCACACUAGAUGGAACUGUUUAACUUUUCUCGACAGGAAGUGUUCAUAAUACAGGCUUCUUUCUUUACAAACUUCCGCUUUCUCCUCCUUCACCUGAACAAGUCGCAAGUAUUACAGCUCCUCCUCAGGGAGAACGCGAAAAGUAUGAACAUCGUUUAUACAAAAUAACAAAUGACAGGUAUCCAGCAUUAUUUUUUAGAACUAAAAACAUUUAACAUUUUCGUAUUAACAUUUAUAAUAUGAAAUUUGUUGUAGUUGGUAAUUUCUCCCGCGAGUGGUGAAAUGAAAGUGAAAGUUGUUCUCCCCGCCGGGAUGGUAUAGAGGAGGAAUUCGUGGUAACUUGCGAGAUUACAGAAAGGUAUAAGUUUCCGUCGAGGAAGGACGUGCUACAGAACAAGAUGAGUACAGCUUCUGUUUUACAAGACAACAUUGUAAACACACACCAGGAUUUCAAGAGACCCAGCAGGGGCGGCAUCCGGUACACCCCUCUGGAAGGGGAAGAGGCCCGGAAACUGGAUAGAAUGUUUAACAGACAAAAUUGCCUCAUCGAGGUGCAUCCGGGACAUGUGCUUUUGCCGUCAAAGUACGAGGAACUGGGAGACCGUAUCCGAGGAAUGGAGGUGCGCUCCAGCGAUGUGUGGGUCGUCUCGUACCCCAGAACAGGCAGCACAUGGCUCCAGGAAAUGGUAUGGUGCAUUGGAAAUGACCUGGAUCUAGAGAGAGCGAAGAUUCUUCAACAUUUAAGGACUCCACUUCUGGAGUUGACGGUGCUAAUGGCUAAUGAUGAUGGGGAGUGGAUGAGAGACCUGGGGAACUCUGUGGAGCUAGUGGAAAAUAUGCAGUCCCCUCGAUACAUCAAAAGUCACUUGACCUGGGAGCUCCUCCCAGCUGCACUCAGCACAGUGAAGCCAAAGGUGGUGUAUAUAACACGGAAUCCUAAGGACAUGUGUGUGUCCUACUACCAUUACUGCACACUGGUUCACAACAUGAAGGGCUCCUUUGAGGAUUUCUGUGAACUCUUUCUGAAGGGCAGAGUUCCAUUGGGCCCCAUCUGGAGCCACAUCUUUGGAUUCUGGAGGCGUAGGCAUGAGCCCAACAUUCUGUUUCUCACAUAUGAGGAGUUAAAGAGAGACCAAGAGGCUGCAAUCAGAAAAACAGCCACCUUUCUAGGCAAGACACUCACUGAGACCGAAGUGAGCAAACUGGCCAAUCAUCUCAGUUUUAGUAGCAUGAGAAAGAAUCCUUCAGUAAACUUGGAACCCAUUAUGACGAAGAAGAAUGGCCCAGACUUCCUCCAAGCUACAGAACUCCGUUUCAUCAGGAAAGGUGAGGUGGGUGACUGGAAGAACCAUAUGACUCCAGAAAUGACUACUCGAUUUGAUGCCUGGAUUGAGGAGAAUCUGAGGGGUACUGGACUCAGUCUGAACUGAUAAUCCCAUUGGAACAAUAAAGUCUACAUCUCACACAUCAUGUCAAAAUAUUUCACUCUGUUAUCAUAUUGAUAUUUUCCAUUUUCAUGUAAAUUUACAUUUAUAAAAAUUGCAGACUUAAAAAAGAUUUAUUAUCAUACUGCUCUAGAAGUAGCUCGAACCCUAAUGAUGUCAGCAAAUUAUUAAUCUUAAUUUCCUUACCCUAUGCACAAGUGCUUGGUGACAGACGAAGCUCCAGACUUAAUGGCUGAACACGUGAUAAUGUGCUGUCUGGUCAGACCUAACAUGCAUCUCAUGGGAUGGUAAAGCAAUGAUGGAAUGAUGAUUAACAAGAAAAAAAAAUGAAUAAAAUCGGAGAAAACCUCCAGUGACACUUCGUCCAGCACGAAUCUCUCAUGAUGAAUUGAAUCAGGAAUUGUAUUAAGUCUCUCAAUAGGCUCUUCAAAAAGUUCAGUUCUCAAGGCUGAAAUAUCUAAGUCUAAAAAAGUAAAAAUUAGAAUAUGAAUAUUACACUGAUAUAUUGGGUUUCUGGACUUUAUCCA